UAGAUGAUGUGGGGAUUUGAGAUGAUAUACGUGGAGGGCACAAGACCAGUGGAUUGGAUUUGAUGAUAUUUACGCACUUUAGUUUUGUUUGCGAAGGGAUAUGAUACGAUACUAUCAUCAUCAUCAUCAUCAUCAUCAUCAAAUGGAUUGCAGCAAUAUAGGAGUAGGAGUACUUCAUAAUCAGAUCAUGGCAGCGUCUGUUAUUAUUCCUCCAUAUUCUGCCAAUCAUCGUAGAAGGACACAUGUUGUUGUUAAAUCCACUCACCAAAACAGUAAUAAUAGCUCUACUUCACCACCUGAAGAUUCUUCUUCUGGUGAACAACACCACUCUUCCUCCUCCAAGGUAGUAAAUGAUGUUUCCAGGCGUCGGUGUUUGACUUUUUGUUUGUGUUCAACUCCACUUUUGGUUGCAUCCAACGCCUCAACCGCUCUUGAUAAACCUCCUGGCUGCAGAAAUUGUGGGGGAAGCGGUAACAUCAUCUGUGAUAUGUGUGGUGGUACAGGAAAAUGGAAAGCUCUAAACAGGAAACGAGCACAAGAUGUUUAUGAGUUUACAGAGUGUCCAAAUUGUUAUGGCCGAGGAAAGCUUGUCUGCCCUGUUUGUUUAGGAACUGGCGUGCCAAACAAUAAAGGUCUCCUGAGAAGGCCUGAUGCAAAGCAACUGCUUGAUAAGAUGUAUAAUGGAAGACUACUUCCUAACUCUUAGAAGUUGUUCCUGCGAGCACAACUGAAGCAAGGCCUUGCUAAUGCUUAUUUCUGGCACAAUGACAAUUUUCUACACUAGUUAAUUAUGCCAGUGACUGCAUUGGUAAUCAGCUGAUUCAGCAACUAGCGCAGAACACACAGCCGUAUGUUUUGCUUAUAUUUUUGAUCUGGAGGCAUUCCAGAAUUAUAGCUUUGGCUUGGUUACCACCACCUAAUGAAUUUCAAGAUUCUGUACGAUAAAAAAGACCAUUUUUUAAUGAUAUCUGCUUGAUUAGUUAUGUUUAAUGAAUGAUUAAUGUAUAUAACAAAGUGUUGUAACUAAUUAACCAUCUAUUAAACAUAAUUAUUCACAAUUGAAUAAUCAUUAGCCACGAUGAAAACACAGUUUGCAGUGUUUGAAAA